CCCCAACCGUGGGAACUUUAUAGAUAAGCGUAACUUUCGAUUUGUAUUGUUGUCAUAUGUUUUUGUGAGACAAUUAGAUUCCAAUAAGAAUUCAUUUUCUUGUGAAAAUCAUGAAAAACUUUCACAUUGACAAACCAAACAGUUCCGUGUAAUAAUUUAAUUUUGUGAUAUUGAUAAAAAACUGAUAACACUGAAAAUAAAAUGUCAAUAACAUUGUAGUGACGUUUCGCAUUCGGAAAAAUCGUAUUUCGAAUCUACCUUACAUACUUUAAAAUUUAACUAAAAUAAAAUGUAUUAUUUAAGUUCUCAACUCGUGGUGAAAUAAUAAAUAUAAUUUAUUCAUUUGUUCAGUUAAAAUAAUUAUAGGAUUUGAAGAUGACGACGAAGGAGCUAUACACAAAGGGUGCCCGAAUAUGGGUAGAGCACCCAGAGAAGGUAUGGGAGAGUGCCGAGGUGACGUCAGACUACCGGUCUGGCGUCCUCAUCGUGAAGAUCGACCAGACCGGAGAGGUUCGCCAGAUCAAGAUCAAGGAUGAGACGAAGAUGCCUCCGCUCCGGAACCCCUCACUCCUGAUCGGGCAGAACGAUCUGACUUCUCUCUCGUACCUUCACGAGCCAGCUGUGCUGCAUAACCUUAAAGUUAGAUUCUGCGACCGCAACGCCAUCUACACAUACUGCGGGAUCGUCCUAGUAGCAAUCAAUCCCUACUAUGACUUACCAAUAUACGGCGAUGAAACGAUAAUGGCGUACCGCGGGCAGGCGAUGGGCGACCUGGACCCGCACAUAUUCGCCGUAUCAGAGGAGGCUUACACCAAGCUGGAACGAGAGAGGAGGGACCAGAGUAUUAUUGUGAGCGGUGAAUCAGGUGCCGGUAAAACAGUGUCAGCUAAGUACGCGAUGCGAUACUUCGCGGCGGUCGGCGGCAACGCCAGUGAGACGCAAGUCGAGAGGAAAGUGCUGGCAUCCAGUCCUAUUAUGGAGGCAAUAGGCAACGCUAAAACCACGCGCAACGACAAUUCCUCCCGUUUCGGCAAGUUCAUCGAGAUCCACUUCGACGCCAUGUACCGCAUCUCCGGCGCCAGCAUGCGCACCUACCUGCUGGAGAAGUCGCGCGUGGUCUACCAGAGUGCUGGAGAGAGGAACUACCACAUAUUCUACCAGCUCUGCGCUGCCGCCAGCCAGAUGCCGGAGUUACAGUUGGAUCAUCAAGAGUCCUUCCACUAUUUGAACCAAGGCGGCAGUCCAAAUAUAGAUGGCGUUGAUGAUCUCCGUACCUUCAAUGAAACUAGGAGCGCGUUAACUACGCUAGGAGUGACAGAGACGGAGCAGGACGACAUGUUCCGCAUCCUGGCGACGAUCCUCCACCUGGGCAACGUGGAGCUGCUCGCGUGUGACCCAGACGCACCCCCCACCCAGGACACUGAUGAUGGUGCUUAUAUUAAUUCUACAGACAAGCACCUGGCCAUAGUAUGCUCGCUGCUCGGCAUAUCUCGCGCGGAACUGUCUCGAUGGCUCACACACAGGAGGAUUGCGUCUGCGCAUGAGGUGAUAGUAUCCCGCAUGGACGUGCAGCGCGCGUCGUUCGCGCGCGACGCGCUGGCCAAGCGCAUGUACGGAGAGUUGUUUGCUUGGCUCGUGCACGCCGUCAACCGCGCGCUCGACACCGGACACGCUAAGAAACACUUUAUUGGUGUGCUCGACAUCUACGGUUUCGAGACGUUCGAGAUAAACUCGUUCGAACAGUUCUGCAUCAACUACGCGAACGAGAAGCUACAGCAACAGUUCAACUCACACGUCUUCAAAUUGGAGCAGGAUGAGUAUAUCAAGGAAGAAAUAUCCUGGGAGAUGAUAGAGUUCUACGACAACCAGCCGUGCAUCGACCUGAUCGAGGACCGGCUGGGGGUGCUGGCGCUACUGGACGAGCAGUGCCGCGUGCCGCAGGGCUCCGACCAGGGCUUCGUGGCCAAGCUGCACCAGGCCUGCGCCGGGUACCAUCAUUUUAUGAAGCCUAGGUUCGGGAAUGCUGCCUUCAUCAUCAAACAUUUCGCGGAUAACGUGGAGUAUCAAUCAGGAGGUUUCCUGGAGAAGAAUCGUGACACGGUGUCGGAAGAACAGCUGGAGUGCAUCAAGAUGGCCACCAGUUGCCGUCUCAUCCACGCCAUGUUUGCUGACCGGGGGUGUGACCAACCCGUGUCUAAUACUCUGCCUCCCCCCUCUAAGAGGAGGACUACGCCCUCUGUGCCGCUGGGGAGUUUAACUCAACCGCCCCGCCGUACCUCGGGCCAGAAACAAACAGUAGGCUCCCAGUUCCGCGCGUCGCUCUCAGCGCUGAUGGCGACGCUGUCGGCCACCACGCCUCAUUACGUGCGGUGUAUCAAACCCAACGACACCAAGGAACCUUUCAUGUUCGAUAGCGCAAGGGCUGUUAAUCAACUCAGAGCUUGCGGUGUGCUGGAGACGAUCAGAAUAUCAGCUGCCGGCUUCCCGUCUCGAUGGUUGUACCAAGAUUUCUUCGCGAGGUACCGUCUCCUGUGCCUGCACCGCGAGAUAGACCGCGGCAACAUCAAGGCGACCUGCAGCCGCAUACUGACUCGGCACGUCAAGGACCCCGACAAAUACCAGUUUGGAGCCACCAAGAUAUUCUUCAGAGCUGGACAGGUGGCGUACUUAGAAAAGAUCCGCGCAGACAUUCAAAGAGAGUACUGCGUUCGGGUGCAGAGCUGCGUGCGACGAUUUGUCGCCAGACGCAAGUAUCUGCGACUAGUCGCUGCGAUUCGAGGGCUGCAGGCGAGAGCCAGAGGUUUUCUGGCUAGACGCCGAGCCCAAGAAAUCCGUCGCAAACGCGCAGCCAUUAAGAUACAGCGCAAUGUCCGCGGUUGGCUCGCGCGCCGCAAGUACUUGCGCCUGCGCAGCCUCGCCGUCGGUCUACAGGCACGUGCUCGAGGGUUCUUGGCUAGGAAGCUGUAUAGAGAUAGGAGGAAGGUUAUGGCUGUGAUAACAAUACAACGCUACGCGCGCGGCUACCUCGCGCGUAAACGCGCGAAGAAGAUCAGGCAUCAAAUCAUCAUCGCACAGGCUGCUAUACGUCGUUUCCUCGCCCGCCGCCAGUACAAGCGGCUGCGCAUCGAGGCGCGGAGCCUGGACCACGUGAAGUCCCUGAACAAGGGCCUGGAGAACAAGAUCAUCAGCCUGCAGCAGCGGCUGGGAGACGCGCUGGAGAAGAACAAGUCCAUUGAGGUGCUCAUGGCACAGAUUGCGGAUUUGAAAGCAAAACUAGAGCUAUUAAAACUAGUAGAAAUCGAAGCUAAGACUCUCCGAGUGGACAUUUUCGACAAGAGCAGCCUGAUAUCUACUCUACAGGAAGAAUUAGAAAGAGAAAGAGACAGCAAUAAACUUCUUAAAGAAGAGAAGAAGAGUUUAGAAGAGAAAUAUGAGAAAGACAGAGUUGCUUGGGAAGAGGAGAGUGAGAAGUUGGCGAAUGAGUUGAGAAGCAAUAAGGAACACUUUGAUUUGGCUAUUGAAGAGCGCGACAAACAGCAUGAGCAGGAGAAGAAGGCGCUGAACGCUGAGCUGGAGGCGGAGAGACAGAGUCGGCAGAAGCUGCUGUCCGCGCAGUAUGAGCUGCAGGAGAGGAUCGACUCCUUGCAGAGCAAACCAGCACCGAAAGAACACAGACGGUCGUUGUCUGACGCCAGCAACAACUCACAGCAGGAAACCACUGUUGAGGACGACUAUGGCUACGGAUCAGUCAGAUCGGUGGAGAGCACGCGUCCAGCGCUGGAGGCCGUCAACUGGUCCGCCGGGACACACAAUGGACCGACACAACCGGUGGCGGACGCAGGACUGGUGCUGCGCAUGCGCAACAGAAUAUCGGCACUACAGAGCGAACUGUCGCGGACUACCAAGCGGGCUGCCGACCUCGAGGAUAGGAUCAUGAACCGCCACUCGACCCCGGCCACGAACCCCAACAUAGACCGCUACAAGUUGGAAGAGUUGGAGAUUGAGAACAAGAAGCUGCGCGAACACCUGGACCGGCUGCGGGCGGCCGGGGACAGCAUGCUGGUCUCCAAGGAGGUUAUAGAACAAAUGAAUGUGAUGCAGAAGGAAUUGGACAGGAGAAGAGACGAGUGUAUACAACUGAAGAGUGUGCUAACUAACCAGAAACCGUGGUUCCAAGCUCUGAAAAGUGUCACUGUGAACCUGAAGUCGCUGGCGUCUUCAAACUACGGCUCGGACGUCGACAUUAUCAAUGAAGAUGGAGAACUAGCCACUGCUUACGAAGCGCAGAAGGGAAUUAAUAGACAACUACAAGAAGAGUUAUUACUGGAGAAGAAGUUCUACUCGGAACACAUAUCCAAGUCCAAAGCAGAGAUAGAGAAGUUGAGAGAAGAGAAUGAGAAAUAUCAGAAGUUACUGAGCGCGGACUUGAGUGCUGAACCCAAGAAUAAGACGCAAGAGUUUGCGCAAAAUGAGAUCAUCAGAUUGGCAGCUGAAAGUUUGGCGUUACAGGAACGCGUGGACAAGUUAUCAGAGAGCUGCCGGCGGUACAAGAACCAGAUCCGACUGCUGGUGAACAAGCUUAAGGAGGUCGGCAUCGAUGACGUCAACGAUAUUCUUGAUAGCAAUGACCCAGUGGUGCCACCGAACGCGUCGAUGACCCUGGAGAUGGCGCCAGUGACACGUAAGAAGGAACGCGAGUACCUCGGCAUGUUCGAGUACAAGAUACAGGAUGAGGGGCUCAUCAUCAAGAAGCUCAUUUCUGACUUAAAGCCGAAAACAGCAGUGACCCUGCUGCCAGGGCUGCCAGCAUACAUACUGUUCAUGAUGCUGCGACACAUGGACCACGUGGAUGACGAGCCGAAGAUGCACCAGCUCAUGAAGGCAGUCAGGACUGCUGUCAAGAAGACCCUGAAGAAACGGGCUGAGAGCGUCGAGUAUAAUGCGCUGUGGCUUGCUAAUAUGUUACGGCUCCUAAACAACCUGCGUCAGUACAGCGGCGACACGAUCUACCAGUCGGCCAACACGCCGCGCCAGAACCAGCAGUGUCUGCGCAUCUUCGACCUCUCCGAGUACCGGCAGGUGCUCAGCGACAUCGCCGUCUGGAUCUACCAGGGCCUCAUCCACCUGCUGGAGCGUCAGCUAGAGCGGCUGAUAAUCCCGGCGAUCCUGGAGCACGAGGAGAUCAGCGGGCUGUCGGGCCCCAGCGCGCGGCCCCCGCAGGCCGGCGCCGGGCCCCAGCGCCUCAAGCAGGAACUCUCCGCCACACACGACCAUCUCCACACCUUCGCCGUCGACCAGCCCUUGAGGCUGAUGAUAUUUAAACAGUUAUUCUACUACAUAUGCGCGUACAGCUUGAACCAGCUGCUGCUGCGCAAGGACCUGUGCUGCUGGGCCAAGGGGCUGCAGAUCAGGUACAACAUCUCCCAUCUCGAGACUUGGAUCAAGGAGCAUCUCGCUGAGUAUGGGCAGAAGAGUGUGGAAGAAAUACUAGGCGUUUUGAAGCCAAUCACCCAAGCGGUCCAAUUGCUUCAAGCUCGCAAGUCCAUGCAAGAUGUGCAGAGUACUGUCGAUAUGUGCGCUAACCUCACCGCCAUGCAAGUCUGCAAGAUACUGAACAUGUAUACUCCGGCUGAAGAGUACGAAGUGAAAGUAACGCGAGAAUUCAUCCACGAAAUACAGAAGAAAAUGCAGGAGAAGACAGGAGCUAAUCCUGAUAAGGAUCCUCAAAAUCUUCUAAUGGACACGAAAAUGAUAUUCUCGGUUCAAUUCCCGUUCAACCCAUCAUCUAUACGUCUGGAGGCGAUAGAGUUACCAGAAGUCCUAGAACUGGAGGGUCUACUCACAAAAAUAUAAAAAGACCAAGUAGACCGGAGAAGACCGUUAAACUAAGGUGAAUAAAUAAGCUUAUAGCUGCUCUAGAUUUUAUUUAUUAACGUUUAGAGAUUGGUCUACUGGUUAAAAUAUAGGAAAUUGAGUAGACCAUAGAAGACCAUGAUAGUAUAUAACAAUAAUUGUUUUUUUAUAUUAAUUUGUGCAUAGCUGAGAACGUAAUAUAGUUAAAAGACCUAAAAAGACGAUAGAAAUAAUAUGGUAAAUGUUCAAAUGAUAGAUUAGUUUUGUUAUAACAUUCCAUAGUGUCGGUCUUUUGGUUUUUUCACCAAAAGACCGAGUAGACCGAAAAGACCAUAGAAGAAAAUUAUGAAAUAGUUUAUAAGAAACAUGAUAAUAAGAUGCAUAAUAAUUUCUUUUUUUUUAUAUUUAAAAAGUUUUCGUUGUAAGUUGAACUCAAUUAAUUUUAAUCCUUAUCACCUUGCCUUUAGAUUCAGUUUAGCUCAACAUUCUUGUUCCUACGUUAUUAUUGCCAUACGAAAAUAAUCGUUCAAUAUGGUGCCAUUAUUAUAUUUAUUUUAAUUGGUAAUAAAAUAAAUAUUGAUGUAUUAAUUUUAUUAUUUAUUUAUUUAUGUUUAUUGUUUAUACUCGAAUGAGUAAUGCUGUAUUUAUUU